CCAGUCAGUGCGCCGGGACUCUUGAGGCCAACCGGGAACCGCCGGGAAGCUGCCACCUCCAUCGGGACCACAGGCAACCUGCAGGCGCCAUGCACGCGCUCACCGGUCUCUGGGGCCCCGGAACGACCCGAGCGCCGCCCGCCGGGCUCCUUCUCCUCCUCCUGUGCCUUCUGGCAGCGACGCGCCCCAGCUCGGGGGACCCCGCAGAUUCAGCAUUUACAAGUCUGCCUGUUCGGGAUGAAAUGAUGUCGAAGUACUCUAAUCUUCCCUUGGAGAUUCAUAACUUAUCACUGACAGCAGAACAUGUUAAUACUCCAUUAGAAAAAAAUAUCACUUUGGAAAAGCCUUCUAAGGUGGAACUCACAUGCCAUCUCGUCAUAUCUGGGGAUGCGAAUGCAGCGAAUGUGACUUGGAAGAGAGGUGAUGAGCUACUUCAGAACAAUUACAUCGUCAAUGUGACAGGAAACACCUUGCACACCCAAUACACGCUCACCCUCAUUAACAACAAGCAAAUGGGAGACUAUUCUUGCUUCGUUGGAGAGGAAAAGGAACCAAGAGGAACAUUUAAAAUCAAAGUCCCUCAACUGCAUGGAAAACAUAAGCCAUUGAUCACUUAUGUGGGAGAUUCCACUGUCUUGAUGUGUAAAUGUGAGGGCUGUCAUCCUUUAAAUUGGACCUGGUACAGAAUGAAUGAGAGCACACAGGUUCCUAUUGAUACACACCUGGAUGAUAAAUACGUUGUCAAUGGAACAUACGCCAACGAAACCAAGCUGAGGAUAAAGCAGCUUCUAGAGGAUGACAAGGGCAUCUAUUCCUGCCAUGCGGUCUUCCAGCUGGGCGAGAGUGAGGACCACAUUGAGCUGGUCGUACUGAGCUUUCUGGUUCCCCUCAAACCAUUUCUUGCCAUUGUUGCCGAAGUGUUCAUUUUAGUGGCUGUUAUCCUUCUUUGUGAAAUAUACUCAAAGAAAAAGAAGCAGGGUCCAGAUGAUGGGAAAGAAUUUGAACAGGUUGAACAACUGAAAUCAGAUGACAGCAAUGGUAUAGAAAAUAAAGCCCCCAGGCUCAGAAAAACUGAAUCUGUGGACCAGUGAAUGGAAAAUAUCUGAUCAGCUGUCAGGAAGAUGUACCAAGUUCCUAUGUCCGCUUGUUUAUCUUUGCUUUUAAGAGCAGCAGAGUUUUUAUUUUUGUGUUUUGAAGGCAAAAAGCUUAUUCCACAUGCAUCACAGAAGCUUCAUAAACAACAUGUGCUGGCUCAGAUGGGAAGAUAUAAUUUCAUUUUGUAAUUUGUUUUACAUUAAAGCAAAGUGUUUGGCUCCAGUGUGUUGACUGAGAUGCAGUCCAGGAUAAUUAGUGAUCUUCUUUGGUGCUGAACACAUGUUUUCAUGGGGAAAUGGAUGCUUUGUGCUUUUGGUAAUGGUGGACACUAAACUGGAAGACAGACGUUCAAUCUGUGAGUAAGGGGAGGACAAGGGAAUAAAACUUGUGCCUAUCCAGAGUGUUGUCACUACAAAAGCAAAUCACUACAUGUUUAAUCUACACUUUUCCACUGCUUUUCACAACAAGCCAAAGUGCUUCUUAGUAUUGAAGUAGAGUGAUGGUGUGUGCGUGUGUAUGUGUGUGUGUGCACGUGUACCUGUGUGUUUGCAAAGUCCCACUUUGAGCUUCUUCACAUCCAUCAGCUGUUGAUAUUUGAGGGUGCAGAUCUUCGUGCUAGAAUGUAGUAUUGCUGCCUGGAAUGCUUCAGUGAUUCAUGGCUUCUUGCUAUGUUUCAUUGGAUACCUAGUUUUGGGGAAUCUGUGGCCAGUUGAAUAAACUACAUAAAAAUGCAUUGUUAGUGCUUUUUAAUAAUAAUUCAUUUUGACUGAAAUCCAGGUAUACCAAAGUAUUUCUUUUAUUUUGUUACAAAUGCCUUAUCUUCAUAAAUGGGAUGUUUAGUUUCUAUUACAUAAAUAAUGGAAAUGUUCUAUUAAAUGGCUAUUACCAAAUCAAAUAAAAUCUGAAUGGACA